GUGGACAGAUUGAGUAUCUGCGAGUGUUUUGGGAGGGGAGGGUAUGAUCGUGACUAAUGAAUCCAGUGACCAAGCGACACGUGAGAAACCACAGUAGCAACCGCCGCAGCGAAUCACAACCCAAAUUCAAAAAUUUGCCCUUUUCCCUCUCCAUACAUCCCCUCCAAUUGGCACUUUUUUCCAACAUUUCUCCCAACGCAAAUUCAGAAAAGCAAAACCCUCUUUUGCCGUUCUCUCUCUCUCACUCACAGAAAUGCGUGAAAUCCUCCACAUCCAGGGCGGCCAGUGCGGGAAUCAGAUCGGAGCAAAGUUUUGGGAAGUGGUAUGCACGGAACACGGAAUCGACUCCACCGGUCGCUACCACGGCGACUCCGAUUUGCAGCUUGAGCGCGUCAAUGUCUACUACAAUGAAGCCAGCUGCGGCCGAUUUGUUCCCCGCGCCGUGCUCAUGGAUCUCGAGCCGGGAACCAUGGACAGCGUCCGCUCGGGUCCUUUCGGUCAGAUCUUCCGCCCCGACAACUUCGUCUUCGGGCAGUCCGGGGCAGGGAACAACUGGGCGAAAGGGCACUACACGGAGGGAGCUGAGCUCAUCGACUCCGUGCUCGAUGUGGUCAGGAAGGAAGCCGAAAAUUGCGAUUGCCUCCAGGGAUUUCAAGUAUGCCACUCUUUGGGAGGUGGCACAGGGUCUGGGAUGGGAACCCUCCUGAUAUCCAAGAUAAGGGAAGAAUACCCUGAUCGAAUGAUGCUAACGUUCUCUGUCUUCCCAUCUCCAAAGGUGUCGGACACAGUUGUGGAGCCCUAUAAUGCUACCCUUUCAGUCCACCAGCUUGUUGAGAAUGCUGAUGAGUGUAUGGUCCUUGACAAUGAGGCUCUUUACGACAUUUGCUUCCGAACUCUCAAGCUGACAACUCCCAGCUUUGGAGACUUGAACCAUUUGAUAUCUGCUACCAUGAGUGGUGUCACUUGCUGCCUUCGCUUCCCUGGGCAGCUCAACUCGGACCUUCGGAAGUUGGCAGUGAAUCUCAUCCCAUUCCCACGGCUUCACUUCUUCAUGGUUGGCUUUGCCCCACUUACGUCUCGUGGGUCACAGCAAUACCGCGCUCUUACUGUCCCUGAACUGACCCAGCAAAUGUGGGAUGCCAAAAACAUGAUGUGUGCUGCUGAUCCCCGGCAUGGACGAUACCUCACUGCAUCAGCUGUCUUCCGUGGCAAGAUGAGCACCAAGGAGGUGGACGAGCAGAUGAUCAACGUACAGAACAAGAAUUCAUCCUACUUCGUUGAGUGGAUCCCGAACAACGUGAAGUCCACUGUUUGUGACAUUCCACCCACCGGCUUGAAGAUGGCGUCUACAUUCAUUGGCAACUCGACAUCGAUUCAGGAGAUGUUCAGGAGAGUCAGCGAGCAGUUCACUGCUAUGUUCAGGAGGAAGGCUUUCCUUCAUUGGUACACCGGCGAGGGAAUGGAUGAAAUGGAGUUCACAGAAGCCGAAAGCAACAUGAAUGAUUUGGUUGCAGAGUACCAGCAGUAUCAAGACGCCACAGCUGAUGAGGAAUACGAAGAAGAAGACGAGUAUCAAGAUGAGGAAGCCUAAAGCAAACAUUAAACCCAGUGUUUGUUUCAGUAUAGGAUGUAUGUCUAGUUUGGUUUGUUACUAAUUUGGGAUUUUUUCCAACCUUUUAUCUGCUUGCAUUAGUACUUAGUAGUAUCCUCGAUUAGGACUUUUGUAUUAUCUGAUGAAAAUUCUGGUUUUCCAUUCUAUUACAGAUGCCUAUUACUUGUGCGUA